AUGACUUCGUUGAAUUUCAGUGGUCUGUGGAAGCCAAUUUUUGUGAUGAUUAUAGUCAAUUUAGCUCUGGCUUUUGUCAACAUAUUACUGAAGAAGGUUCUUAACGAAGGAAUGGACUACUUGACAAUCCUAACAUAUCGACAGGCAAUUUCAGCCAUAUUCUUGGCUCCUAUUGCUUGCUUCUAUGAAAGGAAAAGGAAGCUGGAGGGUCGCAUAAUAUGUCUCCUUUUCCUAAGUGCUCUUGUGGGGGUAACACUCACUCAAUACCUCUAUCUCACUGGACUUGAAUAUACAUCUGCCACAUUCUCAUGUGCAUUCCUUAACAUGGUACCUGUAUUCACGUUCAUUAUGGCGGUUCCAUUGGGGAUAGAGAAGGUGAAUAUGAAAAGCAUGAGUGCUAAGGCAAAGGUCUUGGGAACCAUUGUGUGUAUUGGUGGAGCUUUGUUGUUGAUCCUUUAUAAGGGAAUGCCCUUAAUAAAUGAACAACCUCGGCACAUUGCAGACAAGGCAUCGACAGCAUCAGCCUCCAAGUUAAAGAAAUGGAUUAUAGGUUCAGUGCUUCUAACUGCAGGAUGCCUCUUGUGGUCUUCCUGGUUUCUUAUACAAGCAAGGAUUAGCAAAAAGUAUCCGUGCCAAUACUCUAGCACAGCCAUUUUGUCAUUUUUUGCUGCCAUUCAAUCAGCAAUAUUAACUUUGGUCAUCGAUAGAAACCAUACCAAAUGGAUUCUCAAAGGAAAGAUAGAGAUAAUGACUGUUGUAUAUGCUGGGCUGGUGGGAUCUGGCUUGUGCUAUGUGGCAAUGUCAUGGUGUGUCAAACAAAGGGGUCCAGUUUUCACUUCAGCAUUUACCCCUCUUCUGCAGAUGUUUGUGGCCGUACUUGAUUUCUCUAUAUUGCAGGAGGAAAUUUAUCUGGGAAGUGUUGCAGGAUCAGUAUUGGUUAUUUCUGGCACUUAUAUUCUCUUAUGGGGUAAAAGUAAAGAGGGAGAACAAUGUUCCGUGAAGGAUACUCAAGAAAAUCAAGAAGACGAAGAAUGUGGGAAUAAUUUUGAGAGCACUUCAAAUGAGCCCUCUAAGCCGCCUAAUGGGGAGCAAGGGUUCUCUGAAUUACAAGUGAAACAAUUAGCUGUUACAGUAAUGACUAAAAGUCGAUAA